GACACAAUCGUUUCAGUUCAUAUUCCAUUUAUUUCUAUUUAUCUAUUCCAUUUAUCUGCUACAACCGUCACCAAAAAAUGUAAAGUACUAAUUACUUAAGUUUUUAAACAUUUCUGGUCAAUGUCACUGAAUUGGUCAGCCAGGUCAGUGUUUUAGCCACAUUAGCUAGCCCUAGCUAAAUGGAACAUGACACAAUCGUCUCAGUUCAUAUUCCAUUUAUUUCUAUUUAUCUAGUCCAUUUAUUUGCUACAAACGUCACCAAAAAAUGUAAAGUACUAAUUACUUAGUAAGUUUUUAAACCUUUCAGGUCAAUUUCACUAACUUGGUCAGCCAGGUCAGUGUUUUAGCCACAUUAGCUAGCCCUAGCUAAAUGGAACAUGACACAAUCGUUUCAGUUCAUAUUCCAUUUGUUUCGAUUUAUCUAUUCCAUUUAUUUGCUACAAACGUCACCAAAAAAUGUAAAGUACUAAUUACUUAGUAAGUUUUUAAACCUUUCGGGUCAAUUUCACUAACUUGGUCAGCCAGGUCAGUGUUUUAGCCACAUUAGCUAGCCCAAGCUAACAGGAACACAAGGCUCAAUAUUAUCAUCAAAGUUAUUAUACAUAUUUUUAUUUUGCUAUCUUAGCCCAUAUGAUGUCCUGUUUGUAAUCAUGUUUUGAUUCAACUUUAUUGUUAUUUCAGUAGCUUUUCAACAUUAAUGUAAUAUUAUUCACAACACUAAUGACGACAUAUGCUGCCAGUAUUGUUGUCUGCUUUGUAAUGUCCUUAAUGUCAGAAAAGGCCUAAGAGCCGUGGGGGUCAGUGGUGGUCCUGGUGCAGGGCAGCGGCCAGAGGAAGAGGAGGAGAAGAUCUCUGCUGGGAGCUAAUGAAUCAGCUUGUCUUCUGACUGAUUUGUGCUGAGGAGGCUUUGUGUUUUCAUUUGUCCUCUGGAUGUGACAGUGAACCAUGCUGCUACUACUACUGCUGCUUGUCUGCCUGCAGACUUCACUACAACAGACUCCUCCUGGUCGCUGCGACAUCUCACACACGGUCAACAUGUACACUUCCUGCACGUCCUGCGCCUUGGCCUCCAGCGGCUGCCCACGUGGCUUCAGUAAGAGUAGCACCACCAACUGCAGCUAUGUGGUGCAGAUCGGCGGAAGGGAGAUGGUGCUUGAAGGAUGUCAGCAACUUUGUGUGAAGAGUUCCAUGCAACCGCAGUGUUGUCCACAGCACUGGGGACCGCUUUGCCUCUCAUGUCCUAGCUGGUCAGGGAAGACCUGUAACUUCCAUGGAACAUGCAUGGAUGGAGACCUUGGCAACGGGACCUGUGUUUGUGAUGACGGAUUCAGUGGCUUUGCCUGCCAGGAGUGCAGCAUAGAUAAUACUUUUGGGAAAAAGUGCGAUCAAGUGUGUGACUGUGUCCACGGAUUGUGCGACCAAGGUCCAGAUGGCAGUGGACAGUGCUUGUGUCAGCCACCAUACACGGGGAAGCGUUGUAACCAAGUGAGUAACAGGUGCAGUUCUUGCAGUCCUUACUCGUAUUGUAAAGGUGAGGGAGACGCCGCCACCUGCGAAUGCUUGCCGGGAUACAAGAAGACACAGCAGAACAAAUGCGCAAGUGUGUGCGUCUCCAGCAGCUGCGAUGUGAAUGCACAAUGCUCCUCCCAGGGGUCAAAGGUCAGCUGUGCCUGUAAGCCAGGCUUUGAGGGUGACGGAAGAAUCUGCGUACCCAAGAACCCUUGCUCAGUUAACAAUGGAGGGUGUCCCUUCAACACCACUGUCUGCGUCUUUAAAGGACCCAACAAGGCUCAAUGCGAGUGCAUGUCCGGCAUGUCUCCAGUAGGGGGUGACACUCGGUCAGGUUGCCAGCUGGUCUCAGCAUGCUCAGCGGACACCUGUCACUCUUCAGCAAUCUGUCAAACUGAACUGGAUGGAAAAGCCAGGUGUGUGUGCCAGCCAGGUGAGAUCAGCGAUGGCCGUCGUUGCUACGGCACCCUGAUGGAGCAGCUGUGGGAAUUGGACAGAAGUGGAAACCACAGAGGAAAGCUCACAGGAGCCGUCAACCUGUUUGAGAAAGGCUGCUCACAGCUGCUAAGUCACAAUGGACCAUUCACUGUUUUUGUCCCCCUGCUCAAAACUCCACUGACUUCUGUCAGUGAAGAGAUGUGUCACAACUACCUCAUUAUGGGUCAGCACAUCCUCAAGGACACGGAGGGCCGAGAUUUCAACAUGUACGGAGGGGCCAGGAUGAGGAGCAAAGACAACAAGAGGUUUAUUCUGCUAGAUGAUCCCAAGCAGCUGUACACGGUCAUCCAGGCGGACUUGCCAGCAGCCAAUGGGAUCAUCCACAUCAUUGACCUGCCAAUCAAGAGCCUGCCUCCUGCAAAGCCUACCUCAAGAGUCAUUAAUGCAGACAUGACCAUCGGUGAGAUUGUGAGAAAGGAACCAAUGUUCAAUCGCUUCCUGUCUCUCGUUGAUAACUGUGGGGCUCUGCUCCCUCUGAGUGGACCAGGACCUUUGACGGUGUUCAUCCCCUCCAAUGAGGCCGUGGACAAAGCCCGAGAUGGAAGCAUUCUCUUCAUGCUCAAUCACGCCAAACAUAAACUUCAAGAACUUCUCAAGCACCACAUUUUCUCCAAGGCCAUGCUGACAUCUGACGACCUGGUAGCUCUUCCUCGCAUUGAGACGAUGGCCAAUCAGAUGUUGAAAAUUUCCACGUCUCCUGAUGGUGACAUUGUGUUGGGUGACAAGGGCGUCCGCGUGAUCAGCAACGACAACAGGGCGUUCAACGGUCUCAUCCAUCUGAUCGACGGCCUGCUGUACCCGCCCUCCAUCCUUCCCAUUUUGCCUCAUCGCUGUGACAUCACAGAGAGCAAGAUCACUAUGAGUCCGUGUACUCACUGCAGUUACCUCUACGAGACGUCCUGUCCUGAAGGCAGCACUGAAUUGAGCAGUCACCAGAUAGGCUGUGAUUACACGAUUUCUCAUCUGAGGCUGUUUGGGAGUAAAGGCUGCGCUAAGUACUGCAAUGUCACCAAGCAGACUCCAGAGUGCUGCAAAGGUUUCUAUGGGCCAGACUGUAAACCGUGCAUUGGUGGCUUCCAGCAUCCGUGUUACGACCGAGGAACGUGCUUCGAUGGUAUCCAUGGCAACGGCUCAUGCAGCUGUCAACCAGGCUUUGAAGGCAUCGCCUGCCACAUCUGCACAGACUCGUCCAAACAUGGAGACAACUGUGACGAAGAGUGUCACUGUUUGCAUGGCGUGUGUGACAACCGUCCCGGCAGCAGAGGCGCAUGUCGGAUUGGAUCCUGUUUGGAGGGAUACUCGGGAGAGAUGUGUGAUAAAAAAGCCACACCCUGCAACUCUGAUGGACUGUUUGAACACUGUCACAUCCACGCCUACUGCACGCACACAGGACUGCAAAGCACGUGUGUGUGUCGUGAUGGCUAUGAAGGGGAUGGUCACUCAUGUACUGCCAUCAACCGUUGUCUGAAGACCAACAGAGGAGGUUGCGACACCAAUGCCGAGUGUGUGUACGUGGCUCCAGGCAACGUGUCGUGUGUGUGCGUGGAGGGUUGGACAGGUGAUGGACGAGUGUGUGUGGAGAUCAACAACUGCCAGCUGGAGAGUCGAGGAGGCUGCAGCCCCAAAGCUGACUGCAACCAUAUCGGACCUGGCCAGAGCGAGUGUGUCUGUAAAACAGGUUACAUGGGGAAUGGCGUUGUGUGUGACCUUGUUAACUCUUGCUACCACAACAACGGAGGCUGCCAUGAUCUGGCAAAGUGUGAGCAGAAGGAGGACGGAAACAACACAUGCACAUGUCCUGAUGGCUACGCUGGAGACGGAAUCAUCUGCUAUGGAACGUUAAUGGAGGAGUUGGACAUGAACCCAAAGCUUUCCAGCCUCUACUACAUGAUCCAUAGGUACAGUCACUCCUCCGAGGACCUGAGUGGCAACCUUACAGUGCUGGUUCCGACCCGACAAGCCUUAAGGAACAUGAGCUCUGUUGAUAAUUGGUUCUGGACCAGCCGACACCGUCUACCUCACUUCCUUCGGGCUCAUUUCCUGCAAGGAAUCUAUUCAGUCGAAGACAUGGGGGGAAUGUUGGGCCAAAAGCUUGCCUCCUUGAACUCACCCACACAAUGGGAGAUCAGGAAUAGUAGCAAGGGAAUUCUCAUUGGAAACGCCUCCAUCAUCGCCCACAACCUGCCUGCAAUCAAUGGCUACAUCCACAUCAUCGACCGGGUUCUGCUACCUUCCCGAUCUGGCCUCCCACCCGAGCCUCCCACCCUGAUGGCCUUCUUGAACUCCUCCCCCGGCUUCAGUCUUUUCCGACAGUAUGCUCUGAUGUACAACCUGUCAGAGGAUUUGAACACGACAGAUUUCACCCUGCUGCUGCCAACAGACACGGCCAUCCGCCAGUACCUCAGUGAGACUAACUCCACCCACCUGGACUAUGACGUGGUCAAAUACCACCUCAUUGUCAAUGAGCUGCUCUUCCCAGACCGACUGUUCGAUGGGAUACUAAAGAGCACCAUCCUGGGCAGUGACUACCAGGUCCAGUUCCACCUGAACAAUAACAACCAGACAGUGGUGAAUGAUGUCCCGCUGGACGGCACUUUCACAGAGACGCAGUAUGGCGUCAUCAUGGUCCUCCCUCAAGUCCUCAAAAUCCGUCGAAACAGAUGCAGCCAAGAGGUCACGCUGCAAGUCAAUGGACGGUGUACAGCAUGUGAUGGACCUCCUCGCUGCCUGUACAGAUACAAGCCAAUUAAAACCCAGUUUCCGGAGAAUAUGAAACCCAACUGUCGGUACAGGAAACGGAUCGGCUCCAGGCGAAAGUCGGUGCCAGGCUGUAUCAUCAAAUGUCUUCAGGUCACCGAGCAUCACUCCUGUUGCUCCGGGUACUACGGCCACGAGUGCUACAAAUGUCCCGGAGAUGUAGGCAGCUGGUGCUCCAAUCACGGGGCGUGUCAGGACGGUCUCCUUGGCAACGGGGAGUGCCGUUGCUACGAGGGUUUCCAUGGCACUGCAUGUGAGGACUGCGAGCCAGGACGUUAUGGCGUCAACUGCUCUUCCAAGUGUGCAUGUGACCACGGAAAGUGUGACGAUGGUUUGGCGGGAAGAGGCAAGUGCGAGUGUCACAAAGGCUGGAAGGGAGCUUCCUGUUCCAUAGAGAUCAAGGACGACGCCUGUGGAGGAGUGUGUGACGAGAACGCCAACUGCAUCACAGGGCCGCAGGGGACCGCUGCAGCCUGCGUGUGCGUCGCCGGCUACGAAGGCAAUGGCACCUUCUGCAAAGAGGUGGACGUGUGCAGCAGGUCUAACGGGGGUUGCUCGCGCUUUGCCACCUGUUCUACAGUCUCAGCCGGGGAGCGCACCUGCACCUGCAAGGAGGGCUACACGGGUGACGGGGUGGUCUGUCUGGAGGUCGACGGUUGUCUGAUCAACAAUGGAGGCUGCCACAAGUCAGCGGAGUGCAUCAGGACAGGCCCCAACACUGUGGCCUGCAGGUGUCAAGUGGGAUUCCAAGGUUCCGGCAGGUUCUGUUAUCCAGUUAAUCCUUGCAAGACCAACAAUGGCGGCUGCAGCAAACAUGCUCGCUGUGAGUACUUGGGUCUGGGUCAGAGGAACUGCUCCUGUCACAGAGGGCACGUGGGAGAUGGCUUCGAUUGCCGUGGAAACACCUACUCAGAGGUGCUCCGAAAUCCAGAUAAUUCCGUUUUCCGUCAAUUGCUCUCAAAGUCAGACACUCGAAGUCUUUAUGGCAGUGGGCCGUUCACCCUCUUUGUCCCUGUCGUCAACAACACCUAUUCCUCUAUUGACGAAUGGCAGGCAUCCGGUCGUCUAAAUGAUAUGAUUCGUUAUCACAUUGUUUCAUGUGAGACUCUGACUUUCAAUGACCUCCAAACCACGGAGCGUGCCAUCUCCACAUCGGGACACGAACUGCACUUCAGCUUCCAACGGGGCUCGGUGUGGAUCAACAACAGUUCCAGGAUCGUAACUAGUGACUACACCACAUCAAACGGAGUCAUCCACUACAUAGACACUCUACUGACGCCAUACAAGCUGCAGGGCAAGGGUCGCCUGGAGCAGAUGAACUUGACUGCGGCAGCUCACUUUUAUGGCUACAGCGCCUUCUACAAGCUAAUGGAGAGUGCAGGAUUGCUCCCGAUGCUCCAGUCGUCCAUCCACCAGCCCUUCACCAUGUUCUGGCCCACAGACCAGGCCCUCAAAUCCCUGCUGCCCGAAAGGCAGCGCUGGCUCUCCAGUCCUGACAACCAAGAGCAGCUGGCUGCCACCAUCAAAGCCCACAUUAUACGUAAUUCCAAGGUUCUGGAUGUCAGUCGGCCGGGUACAAACACGUGGUUCCGCACCAUGCAUGGAUCAAAAAUCAAGUACACCUGUGACAAGGCUCUGGUGGGGGACAUACUGAUCAAUGAAAAUGCCGCCAGAUUAGUGGAGCGCUACUUGACCUUCAAAGAAGGCGUGGCCUACGGCAUCGACCAGUUACUGGAGCCGCCUGGCUUGGGAGCGUACUGCAACAGCAUUGAGAACAGAACCACCUAUGGACGCUGUGGUCGCUGUCUCUCCCCUCCACCAUGCCCCAUCAGACAUGAGUACACAGGACAGGUGGACAGUUGCGUGAGACCUCGUGCCAGGUAUUCGCUGGGUUACUUGCGCUGGUCAGGUGACCUGGACGCAAUGGGAAGAAUCGGCUGUAAGAGAAUAUGUAAGUUUCCCACUUGGGUCCAGAAGUGCUGCAAAAACCACUACGGCCCAGACUGUCAAGUGUGUCCAGGUGGCGUGGAGUCACCUUGUGGCAGGCAUGGGGCUUGCGAUGACGGCAUGAGUGGUUCAGGAAGGUGUAACUGUCUGUCGAGCUUCCAAGGAACGGCGUGUGAAAUGUGUACGGCAGGACGUUAUGGUCCUAACUGCACAGCCUGUGACUGUGGGAAUCAGGGAACAUGUGACGACGGCAUUGAAGGAUCUGGCCAGUGUGUGUGUACGCCGGGCUGGAAGGGUGACCGCUGUCAGAUUGACUUAGGCUCCAUCCCGGAGGAGUGUCGGCAGUGCCACCCUCAGGCUGACUGCUUGCCGGGUGUGGGAUGUCUGUGUAAAUCCGGUUUUCAGGGAAACGGCACCUUCUGUAGUGCUGAGCCACCUCCAGAUCUCUGCUCCGAGUACAACGGCGGCUGUCACCAGGAAGCAGACUGCAACCAGACGGCGCUGCAGGUCAACUGCACCUGUCGCAGCGGUUACCAAGGCGAUGGGUUGUCCUGCGAGCCCAUUAACAGAUGUGUGGAGGAGACAAACGGCGGCUGCAGUGACUUUGCUUCCUGCAAGUUCACAGGUCCGAACGAGCGCGAGUGUGAGUGCUCCCCGGGUUACGUGGGUAACGGAAUACAGUGUCUGGAGAAAGUGGUGCCACCUGUUGACCGCUGCCUGGAAGACAAUGGAGGGUGUGAUGGCGUGGCCUCCUGCAAGGACUUGCAUUAUCAUGCCAACACAGCGGGAGUGUUCCAUCUGCGCUCUCCAGACGGGAAAUACAAGAUGAACUUCAGUCAGGCGGAUGCCGCUUGCCAGGCUGAGGGCGCCAUGCUGGCCAACCUCAAACAGCUGGGUGAUGCACAGCAGCUGGGAAUGCAUCUGUGUGUGGCCGGCUGGAUGGAAGGAGGAAAAGUGGGAUACCCGACACGCUUCCCCACCGUGAAGUGUGGCGACAACCAUGUGGGUGUGGUCCUCUACAAAGAACCUGUCGACCAGCAAAGCCAGUAUGAUGCCUACUGCUACAGACUCCGAGACGUGACCUGCACGUGUCCUGCUGGCUACGUGGGAGAUGGCAGCUUCUGUAAUGGCGUCCUGACUGACGUCCUGGCAGCGCAUAGCAACUUCUCUAUAUUCUACAAGUUCUUGUUGGACUACAGCGAAUUUUCUGGAGAAGGCAAACGACUUGUUGAGUUUUUAUCUCACAGGAAGUCAGAUGUAACGUUAUUUGUUCCACAUGACGCUGGCUUCAGCCCCAGCCAGGUACUCUCAGGUCGAGAUGUUGAGUAUCACAUUUCCACCAAUCACAUCAGACGACCGUUUAAGGAUCUGAGACACCAGGAAGUCAUCCCAUCCAGGCUGGGCUUCAACUUGUCUGUUACCCAUGGCAACAAUGAGAGUCUUAAACUGGUCAACCGGCGCCUCUUGCUGGUGUGGGACAUUCCCGCCGUCAACGGCAUCAUCCACAUCAUUGAGUCGCCGCUCACAGCACCGCCCCCUCUGGUUUCCCAUCAUGCGUCUCGUGGCCACGUCCAUUCAAGCGGCACCGUCUCGGCCAUCUUGGUGUCGUUGCUGCUGGCUGGCGUGAUGGCGGCGCUCGGCUAUUACGUCUUCAAGCACAAGACAGAUGCCUUCCGCUUCCAGUACUUCAAAAACGAUGACGAGGACAAUCCAGCUGGUGGCUCAACCAAACCCGCCCUCGUCUCCAUCCCCAAUCCUUUGUACAGCGGAUCUAGGGCCUUUGCCGAACCCUUUGGGGACGUGGGUCAGGCGGCAGAACCAGCAGAACCAGAGGAACCACCAAAGAUUCUGGACCUGGACCAAUAAAAGCAGCUGUUUGUGUGGUGACUUUAAUCAUACGUUCCUACAAGCUUCAAAUCAAGCCAGGACAAAGUGAUUGUCAAUAAAGUUGCACUAAUCUUUUUUUUUAAACCA